AUGCAGCUUGUGAAUCGUGGUCAUCGCAGCAGUAGUACGGUCAGCGCGGACGGGCACCAGCUGCCGCCGGACAUUGCGUUGAUGCGAUGGACCUCGCGUGGAUUCACGGCCAUCCCGGUCGAACCGGACGAACCCGCUUCAACGACGGGCAGCUCGUCGACCGUGGGCUCGUCACUGGCGAGUCCUCCAUUUAACGGAUCAGCUGCACCUGCGAGUCCACCCGGUGCUGGUGAUGGUGGGAACACGCUGCGGGUCGACUAUCUCUCUCUUGACACAACGAUGGCCAGUGCUGCCAACCAAUGGCGACAACCGACGCCACAGAUGGCCCACAAAGGGCUGUGGCGUUCGAAGCAACAGUGGCUCGGAAAAGCGGCAUCCUCGGGGGCACCAACUUCGGCCCAACUCGAUGGUACUGCGACGUCCUCUUCCUGCCUGCGCGAUUGCCUGCUUUGUCGGUGUUGCCGAAGUGCGAACAUGGACGAGCAGAAGGACACCAGCGACCAAGAGGAGGGCAACUUCGAGUACUGUGAGCUGGAGGAGAUCGUGUCCCCGCCGAAGUACCGCCCGGAAUCGAUAGCGGCCCUGUGCGAGGCGACCCGUUUCACCGAGGCCGAAAUCAAGCGCAUCUACCGUGGCUUCAAGGCGGAGUGUCCGGCCGGCAUCAUCCGCGAGGAGACGUUCAAAUUCAUCUACUCACAAUUCUUCCCACAAGGAGCCAAUACAGGAUUAUAUGCACAUUACGUGUUCAAUACUUUAGACAAGGAGCAUACAGGCAUUCUCAACUUCGAGAACUUUGUGCAAGGUCUGUCGAUACUGUCGCGAGGCACGCUAGAGGAAAAGCUGUGCUGGACCUUCUCCCUGUACGACAUCAACCAUGACGGCAAGAUCACGCGCGAGGAAAUGACGGACAUCGUGACGGCCAUCUACGAGCUGAUGGGGGCCCGCGACGACGGUGGCACAGAUGAGGUUAACAUUAAGAACAAGGUGGACACGAUUUUCCAGAAGAUGGACACCAACCGGGACGGUGUGAUAACGAUCGAAGAGUUCCUCGACUGCUGCCGGAAGGAUAAGCUCAUCUCAAGCUCGAUGGGGGUGUUUGACUCGACCAUAUGACCGCUGGAGAAGCUCCACACGCUGCCGGGCUACGUGCUCGAGCGGAGCAGUGACGCCGACGGGGACGAAUCGGAUCAGGAACCGGAACCGAAGGGCAACGACAGCAACGAAAACUCGAACGGGAGCAGUCUGCAAACGGCAAGUAAGUAAAAAACAAAUUGCAACAAGUCUUCCUCGCGA